AAUACCAAAGCUCGACAAUAGAAUUAUUUUGCUCUAAACAGCUACAGAAAGGAAAUAUAUCUUUCUAACAAUAAUUUUCGUAAGACAAAAUGGAAAAUAUUGCUCGUACACAUGAAGACAUUGAGGCUCAAAUAGCCGAUAUUCAAUCAAAGAAAAGUGAACUCAAGAAGAACGCAAACGAGGGCGUUGGUUUGUUGGACAGUGGCAACUUCUAUGAUACUGACUUGUACGAUAAUGACAAAGGAUCGAACCGCUAUAAGGGUUAUAAUACUUCAAUUGCAGCUAAUGAUGAUCUUGAUGAAGACGAGGAUGAUGGUUUUCCAGCACCUCAAAAACGAGCGUCAUAUACGGCACCUAAAUAUCUACUGAAGGAUGCGGUUCGAGGAAAAGAGGAUGUGGAUGCAUUGGCAGAUCGUAGACGUGGUACCAUAGCCGAUAGAGAAGAAGAGUAUAAGAAACGUCGCAGAGCUAUAAUAUCUCCUGACCGUGCUGACCCAUUUGCCGAUGGUGGUAAAACACCCGAUAUAGGAUCCAGAACUUAUACGGACAUAAUGCGUGAGCAAAUGCUAAAAGGAGAAGAAAAUGAGUUACGCCGCAAAAUUAUUGACAAAUCAAAAGAUGGAUCUUUGGUAAAAACGAGUUCGGAUUUACCGAAGGAAAGUGGCCGUAAGCGUGGGCGUUGGGAUCAGACAGUUAGUGACAGUUUUGUCCCAGCUAAGGUGGUUUCUACUCCUAGUAGUUUAGCGACACCUAUUUGGGAAGAUAAAACCCCAGCCGAUCAUCGAUGGGAUGAAACGCCUGCGCAUAAAACAGGGAGCGAAACACCGGGUGCAACGCCAGGUUUAAGCACGCGCAUAUGGGAUGCAACGCCAGCGCAUGCAAUGACUCCUGGUCACGAAACCCCUGGCCAUGAAAAGUCUGUAAGACGUAAUAGAUGGGAUGAAACUCCUAAAACGGAACGAGAAACUCCUGGUCACAGUGGUUGGGCAGAGACUCCAAAACCGGACCGUAGUACUACCGAUAACAUUGUGAUUGAGUCUACACCCGGUGCUUCAAAAAGGCGAUCGCGUUGGGAUGAAACCCCAUCAAACACUACACCAUCAAUGACUCCCUCAGCUGUCACUCCGAAUAUGACGCCAAGCAUAACACCACAUGUUACGCCAGGACAUGCAACUCCUCUCCUCACGCCUAGAGGUACAACUCCUAUAGGUGUGAAGGCUAUGGCUAUGGCCACGCCCACUCCCGGUGCUCUAGCCGCGAUGACACCGGAGCAAUUGCAAGCUUAUCGUUGGGAAAAAGAGAUUGACGAACGCAAUAGACCUUUUACAGACGAAGAGCUUGAUCAAAUGUUUCCUCCAGGAUACAAAAUUCUACCACCCCCAGCGGGAUAUGUUCCUCUGAGGACACCAGGCCGAAAACUAAUGGCUACCCCUACACCCAUUGGAGCUGGAACUCCCGCUGGGUUCUUUAUUCAAGUCGAGGAUAAAAAUGCGAAAUUUAUGGAUAAUCAGCCAAAAGGCCAAAAUUUGCCUUUUAUGAAGCCAGAGGAUGCUCAAUACUUUGAUAAACUUUUGGUAGAUGUAGACGAAGACACCUUAUCACCAGAAGAGAUGAAGGAACGCAAAAUAAUGAAGUUAUUAUUAACUAUAAAAAACGGUUCACCACCCAUGCGCAAAUCGGCUCUGAGACAAAUUACAGACAAAGCUCGAGAAUUUGGAGCAGGCCCAUUAUUUAAUCAAAUUUUACCAUUGCUUAUGUCGCCAACAUUAGAAGAUCAAGAACGUCAUUUGUUGGUAAAAGUCAUUGAUCGCGUACUGUAUAAAUUGGAUGAUUUAGUGCGACCCUACGUGCACAAAAUACUUGUUGUAAUUGAACCAUUGUUAAUUGACGAAGACUAUUACGCUAGAGUCGAAGGUCGCGAAAUUAUUUCGAAUUUGGCUAAGGCCGCUGGCUUGGCUACUAUGAUUUCAACAAUGCGCCCUGAUAUAGACAAUAUCGAUGAGUAUGUGCGUAACACCACUGCUCGAGCAUUUGCCGUCGUCGCUUCUGCCCUCGGUAUACCAUCGUUACUGCCAUUUCUUAAAGCAGUCUGUAAGUCGAAAAAAUCUUGGCAAGCUCGCCACACUGGCAUUAAAAUCGUGCAGCAAAUUGCUAUUCUAAUGGGCUGUGCAAUUCUACCGCACUUGAAGGCCUUAGUAGAAAUUAUUGAACAUGGUCUAGUAGAUGAACAGCAGAAGGUACGCACUAUCACAGCUCUAGCUAUAGCCGCUUUAGCGGAAGCGGCUACUCCUUAUGGCAUUGAAUCUUUCGAUUCUGUACUAAAACCCUUGUGGAAAGGUAUUCGCACGCAUCGAGGUAAAGGCUUGGCUGCUUUUCUUAAAGCUAUUGGGUACUUGAUUCCACUGAUGGACGCUGAAUAUGCUAAUUACUAUACUCGUGAAGUGAUGCUGAUAUUGAUUCGAGAGUUUCAAUCACCUGAUGAAGAAAUGAAGAAAAUCGUGUUGAAAGUAGUUAAGCAGUGUUGUGCAACGGAUGGUGUUGAAGCCCAAUACAUUAAAGAGGAAAUACUGCCACAUUUUUUUAAAUUCUUCUGGAAUCAUCGCAUGGCUCUGGAUAGACGCAAUUACAGACAGUUAGUUGAUACGACUGUAGAAAUUGCUAACAAAGUGGGCGCAUCAGAAAUCAUAAACCGCGUUGUAGAUGAUUUAAAAGACGAAAAUGAACAGUAUCGAAAAAUGGUAAUGGAAACUAUUGAGAAAAUUAUGGCUAAUUUAGGGGCAGCUGAUAUUGACUCUCGACUCGAAGAACAAUUGAUAGAUGGUAUUUUAUACGCCUUCCAAGAGCAGACUACCGAAGAUGUUGUUAUGCUAAAUGGAUUUGGAACCAUAGUGAAUCAGUUAGGUAAACGAGUGAAACCUUAUCUGCCUCAAAUAUGUGGUACAAUUUUAUGGCGUUUGAAUAAUAAGUCGGCCAAAGUGCGCCAGCAAGCAGCUGAUCUAAUCUCUCGGAUUGCUAUUGUCAUGAAAACCUGUCAAGAGGAGAAGCUAAUGGGGCAUUUAGGAGUUGUAUUGUACGAAUAUCUGGGUGAAGAGUAUCCCGAAGUAUUGGGUAGUAUUCUUGGUGCUUUGAAAGCCAUUGUGAAUGUUAUUGGUAUGACGAAAAUGACGCCACCUAUUAAGGAUUUAUUGCCUCGUUUAACACCAAUUUUAAAAAAUCGUCACGAAAAAGUUCAGGAAAAUUGCAUAGAUCUGGUCGGUCGCAUAGCCGACAGAGGCCCGGAGUAUGUGUCUGCACGGGAAUGGAUGCGCAUUUGUUUUGAAUUAUUAGAGCUACUCAAAGCUCAUAAAAAAGCAAUUCGUCGUGCUACUGUCAAUACUUUCGGUUAUAUAGCUAAAGCUAUUGGUCCACAUGACGUUCUAGCCACACUUUUAAAUAACUUAAAAGUGCAAGAGCGUCAAAACCGGGUAUGUACUACGGUUGCUAUUGCAAUCGUUGCUGAAACAUGUCGUCCCUUUACGGUACUUCCGGCUUUAAUGAACGAAUAUCGAGUGCCAGAAUUAAAUGUGCAAAAUGGCGUACUGAAGUCUUUAUCUUUUCUUUUCGAGUAUAUUGGCGAGAUGGGCAAGGAUUACAUAUAUGCUGUAUGUCCUCUAUUAGAAGACGCCUUAAUGGAUCGGGAUUUGGUACAUCGUCAAACUGCAUGUGCUGCUAUUAAGCAUAUGGCAUUAGGGGUCUACGGUUUCGGCUGUGAAGAUGCUCUUAUACAUCUACUUAACUACGUGUGGCCUAACAUAUUUGAAACAUCGCCGCAUUUAGUUCAGGCCUUCAUGGAUGCCGUGGAGGGAUUGCGGGUUUCUCUUGGUCCUAUUAAAAUUUUACAGUAUACUUUACAAGGCUUGUUUCAUCCUGCUCGAAAAGUUCGCGAUGUCUAUUGGAAAAUCUAUAAUUCCCUUUAUAUUGGCGGGCAAGACGCCCUAAUUGCCGGUUACCCAAGAAUAACAAAUGAUCCGAAAAAUCAAUAUGAACGCUAUGAGCUCGAUUAUACUCUUUAAGUAAAUAAUGUACGCAAAAAUACAUCCACCAAUUUUCCUUUGUAGUUUC